AUGGCGACUGGCCGAAUCAAUGUAGCUCCAAUGGCGCCAUUUGAUCCUAUGUCCGAUCCAAACUCUCUCAGUCAGCGCUGGAAAACGUGGAAACGACGAUUUGAAACAUAUCUUGUUGCUCUGAAUGUGACUGAAAAGAAACAAAAGCUCUUGUUGUACCAAGCUGGCCAAGAGACUCAGGAUAUUUUUGAUACCCUUGUUGACAUCGGCGAAGACGACGACUAUGAUUCCGCUAUCGCUGCCCUCGAUACGUAUUUUUCACCUAAAAAACAUGUCGAUUUUGAAAUUCCUAAGUUUCGUGAAGCCAAACAACAACCACAUGAAACAAUCGAUCAGUUUUCAACUGGCGACCUGUGACUUCGAAAAUAUCGACAAGGAAGUAAAAUCGGCCAUAAUUCAAAACUGUUUAUCGAAACGUCUACGACGUGACGCCCUGCUUGACUCGGAAGUUACGCUAGCCAAGAUUCUCGCAAAAGGCAGAGCUUUUGAACUCAGUGAAUCGCAGGCAACCGGCAUUGAAAACGCACUUCACUCAACACAUAUUUCUGACGAAGUAGUUGAAGCUGUCCAUCCUACAACGAAACAUAACAACCAUCGUGAUAAACAACAUACAUCGUUUCACCGCCAAGACUUUUACACCUCAUCAGAGUGUCGGAAUUGUGGGGGCCCCUGGCCCCAUAACAACAAUAUUUGUCCCGCGAAAGGAAAAUCUUGUCUGAACUGUGGAAAAUCAAACCAUUUUGCGAAAGUCUGUCGUAGUGCUCGCAAGGCUCGCGUCGGUCAACAAGAGAAUCGAAGGCCUUCAAAAAAAUACCACAAAAACAAAGUUCACAAGAUUUAUGGCAAACCCUCCAGCAGUAAAAGCAGUAGCGAGGAUGAAUUCAUUUUUACUCUGAAACCGACAUGUAGAGACAAAACGACUCCACAGGUUCAAAUCUCGGUCAACACCACCCCUAUCAACAUGGUUAUCGACACUGGUGCUUCCAUCGACAUCAUCGAUGAACUUGCUUUCAACACCUUGCAAAAACAGAGACCCAUAGCCCUUCAACGUUCCAAAACACGUAUUUUUGCAUAUGGAGCUACAAACCAGCUACCUGUUAUGGGACAAUUUCGUGCAACUCUAGAAUGUUUGACUGGUGCAACAACCACGCAAGUUCAUGUUAUCAAAAGAAAUUUUGGUUGUUUGCUAAGCUAUCAAACGGCAUCUGCUUUGGGUCUAAUCAUGCUGAAUGUUAACAAUGUGAAACCGGAACAUGAACAACUGAUGAAAGAGUAUGCCCAUCUGUUCAACGGAAUUGGCACUCUUAAAAAUUUUGAAGUUAAAUUGCACAUUGAUGAUACUGUUCCUCCAGUAGCACAAACCCCCCGUCGUAUUCCUUUCCACAUGCGGCAAAAGGUCGACACGUUAGAAAGUGAUGGAAUUAUUGAAAAAGUAUCAGAUGCCACUCCUUGGGUCAGUCCAUUAGUUGUUAUCCCAAAGAAAGAUGGUGAGAUCAGGCUAUGCAUUGACAUGCGCAUGGCUAAUCAGGCAAUUCAACGCGAAAGACAUCCGACCCCAACUGUGGAUGAUUUAAUUCACAAAUUAAACGGCGCCACCAUAUUUACAAAGCUUGAUCUUCGCUCGGGAUACCACCAGUUAUCUCUCGCUGAGGAAAGUCGACACAUAACCACAUUUGUAACGCACAAAGGACUCUGCCGCUAUAAGAAGUUGAAUUUUGGCACCAAUUCGGCAAGUGAAAUCUUCCAACAUGUAAUUAGCGAACAAAUCCGUGACAUUCCGAAUGCCAUCAACAUUAGUGAUGACAUAAUUAUCUUUGGCAUAACACAAGCUGAGCAUGACAAAGCUCUUCAUGAAAUUUUUGAGCGGUUUUCACUCAUUGGAUUAACCUUCAACAAAGACAAAUGUGAGUUCAGUCAAUCGCAGCUCACAUUUUUUGGUUUUGUCUUCUCAGGUGAUGGUAUUUCACCGGAUCCAGCGAAGGUUUCAGCAAUUCACAACUGCCCACCUCCAAAUUCAAUUAAAGCUGUUCGGAGUUUCCUUGGGAUGGUGACAUAUUGUGCGAAAUUUAUCCCUAAUUUCAGUGAUCUCACAGAGCCUUUGCGAGAAUUAACGAGAAAAAAUGUGCCCUUUUGCUGGACAUCUAGGCAUGCUAAAUCCUUCAACGCAGUAAAAGCUGCCCUCACAAGUGCAACAGUUAUGGCAUAUUUUGAUCAAACCAAGGAAACAGAACUUAUCACUGAUGCAUCACCUUUUGGUCUCUCAGCUAUUCUGACACAGAAAGUCCCAGGAUCAGACCAACGAAAUGUUGUUGCAUAUAUCAGUCGUUCGCUGUCGGAUGUUGAGAGACGAUACUGUCAAACAGAGCGAGAAGCUCUUGCAAUUGUGUGGGCAAUUGAACGUUUACAUAUUUAUCUAUACGGAGGACAUUUUACUCUGAUAACUGAUUGCAAACCAGUCGAGUUGAUUUUAAAUAAUCCACAAUCAAGACCUCCAGCCAGAAUUGAGAGAUGGAAUUUACGCUUGCAAGAUUAUGACUUUAAUGUAAGGUAUACAAAGGGACUUGACAAUCCAUCAGAUUUCCUAUCUCGACAUUUACCUGUUAACAACACCACUGAUGACAGACAGUUCCAAACAAUGGCUGACAAUUAUGUUUGUUUCCUUGCCCAACAUGCUGUGCCAAGAGCAAUGACUCUGCCUGAAAUACAACAAGCCACCAUGGCUGAUUCAACAUUACAGAUCCUAAGCAACCUCAUCACAACAGGUAAAUGGCAUUUAAUAGACUCUCUCGACGUACAAUCAAUCCAAUCCCAAUGUAAAGGUUUUGGACUUGAAAGCAUGUGAGAAAAUUAAAACAGAACUUACACUAAACGAGCAUGAUGGAAUUAUAUUACGAGGCUCGCGAAUUGUGCUUCCAGAAAGCCUUACACUAAAGGCUGUUCAAAUUGCUCAUGAAGGCCACCAAGGGCUAGUAAAAACUAAACAGUUGUUGCGAGAAAAGGUUUGGUAUCCAGGUAUAGACAAGCUUGCUAAGCACACAGUGGAUACUUGUUUGUUAUGUCAGGCAAAUGGACCAAACAGUCACCAAGAACCACUGCGAAUGACGACGCUGCCUCCCCAACCCUGGCAUACAGUGAACAUUGAUUUUUGUGGACCAUUUCUAGGUGGUUCAUAUCUGUUAGUGAUUAUUGAUGCAUAUUCACGAUUUCCAGAGGUGGAAAUUGUAAGUUCAACAUCUGCAAAAUCAACAAUAUUGAAACUUGAACGAAUUUUUGCCACACAUGAUAUUCCAAAGGUGUUAAAGAGUGAUAACGGUCCACCAUUCCAGAGCCAUGAAUUUAGUCUGUACUUGAAAGAACUCGGUAUUAAACAUAAACCAAGCUCACCAUUAUGGCCCCAAGGAAAUGGACAAGCCGAGAACUUUAUGAAACCACUUGUAAAGGCUGUGAAAUCUGCCCAUCAUGAAAACAAAGACUGGAAACGUGAAAUGUUUAAAUUUUUGCUCAACUACAGAGCUACCCCACAUUCCACCACUGGCAAGUCACCGUCCGAGUUGCUAUACAACCGUAAGAUUCAAACAAAAUUACCUCAAGUGACAGUCGAAAAUGAUUCUUCACUUCAUCAAGAGGUGAAGGAAAGAGAUGAAAGGUUGAAAAAGAACCAAAAAGAAUAUGCUGAUUCCAAAAGAAGAGUUAAGUGUGCUGACAUCAAGAAAAGUGAUUUAGUUUUGGUGCGGCAACCGAAAGCAAAUAAAAUGUCCACAAAAUACGAUCCAAUACCAUAUGAAGUCACAAAUCGCCGUGGGAACAGGAUCACAGCAAUUAGGAAUGGGAAAUAUAUAACUCGGAACAUUUCGUUCUUUAAAAAGUAUCACCCCAGACAUGGCAGAUCGUUGGAGUCAACAGAGAUAAUGGAUGAAGAAAAUUAUUCCUCAGAUGAAGAUGUCCACGAAGAGCAUGAACAGUAUGAUGGACUGAGACAGAAUGAUCGUCCGCGGCAGAACAAUGGUCAGAGACAAGAUGAUGGUCCGAGAUAUCCGGCAAGAGAAAGACAGCGGGUGUACAGAUAUGGAAAUAACAUUUAUGAUUGACCUGGACUAAAACAGAUAAGAUACAGUUUAAACAUUAUAUGCAUAUUUUGUUAUAGUUAGUACUAGAGUUCAUAUUUAAAUCAAGGGAGGGAUGCAAUGUUGAAAUUAUUGACACUAGCACACAC